UUUGAAAUUGUAUGUUUGCAUCUUCGUUAUAAAAUAAUUUAUACUACAUAAUAUUUAAUGUUCUUAUAAUAUUGAGUGCCCACUCAUAACAACGUGAUUAUCCAUUGGAUCUGUGCAUAAAUCUGAUGGCCGCUCCGGUAGCAACAAAGGAGGCUCGGCGUAGUAGAAAGAAACCACUUGCACAGUACUCCGAAACGAUCUGUGGAUUAAAUGCCUCGAUCCUACCUGCCGUCGUUCUGUCUACCGUCACCUGGUAUUUGUUACGGUACGUUGUGCAACCAUUGUUCGGCCCCGACGAGUAUUAUAUAGACGAAGAAUUUCAUGUGCCACAAGCACAACACUAUUGUCGAGCAGCGUUUCAUAAAUGGGAUCCAAAAAUAACUACACUACCUGGACUUUAUUUAUUGUCAAGUACUGUGUUAGUACCUUUUAUGAAGAUUUAUGACACAAUAUUGUCACUAUUUGGUGUAUUGGACCAUGAUGUCCUUCGUGGCAAUGAUCCAUGUUCUUUGGUUGCAUUGCGGGCUGUAAAUGCGGUGGGAGCUCCAGCAUGCUUAUAUUAUGCAUUCUACCGUUGUCAACUACUUAUUUUUCUGAAUGAAAAUAAGAAAACAAAGAUUGCAAAAUGGUCUUGUGUGUUCUUGGCUCUGAGUGUAGCAACAUUCCCUGUUAUUUAUGCGCCAUAUUCAAUGCUUUAUUAUACAGACGCAUGGGCUACAGCGUCUAUUUUCUUAUGGUAUUCCAGUCAUUUGAGUAAUGAGACUAAUUUCUUGGUCAAAAUUAUAUUUGGUGGAUUUUCGGUCCUCUGUCGUCAGACAAACAUCGCAUGGUUAGUCUUUGCAUCCAUUAUAGAUGUGUGUCACUGCGCCGAACAAUGUUUUCCUACUAUAAAAAAUAGUGUUUCUAUAUUUUCGUACAUCCAAGCUACAAUUAUUGAGUUCUACCAUUGCUGUUCAAUUAAAAACAAGCAUAAGUCCAAGAAGUUAAUAGAAUUUUUUCAGAAAUGUCUACGUGUCACCUGCCCAAAUGUCAUAGUUAUUUUAUCUUUUUUUUCGUUCGUAGUUUUAUUAAAUAAUGGUGAUAUAGUUGUUGGUGAUCGACGAGCACACGUUCCUCGUUUUCAUCCAAUGCAGUUGUGCUACUUUGUUGUAUUUGUAUUAGCAUUUUCAUUACCAUGGUUGUUAUCUCAGGCAUAUUUUAAAAUACUAACUUCUAAUUAUGUUAGCAAACAUUUCAAUUUAGCCAAUGCCUUUCGUGAAAUUCACAAUAACACAUCCAAAGUACUAGUUGUCACUCUAUUAAUUAUAAUAUCUGGGUUGGUGUAUUUUAAUACUAUUGCCCAUCCGUACUUGUUGGCUGACAACAGGCAUUAUACAUUUUAUGUUUGGCGAUUGUUGUUCAGUCCUGGUAAACCAGUCUUUUUGAGAUAUUUACCAGUACCAUUCUAUGCAUGCGGUCUAUGGUUAGUAAAUAGAACAUUGAUGCAAUCUUCAAUUGCUUAUAGAUUGGCAUAUUGGAUAGUAACACCUCUCGUUCUUUGUGCUCAAUUCCUGUUGGAGCCUCGUUAUUUUGUUGUACCAUAUCUUAUGUACAGACUACACAGUAAUAAACAAUUUACAAACAGUCAUACUUUUAAAGCAGCGUUCAUUGAGUUUAUAGCAUACCAGGUUUUUAAUUUUGUUAUAAUGAGGGUAUUUUUGUAUAGUCCUUUUGUUUCAUCCAUGGACAACACGGGUCGAUUGGAUCGCUUUACUUGGUGAUUUUAUUGUUAAUUAUUACUAAAUUAUAAUUAAGUUUAUAUCUAAUUGAAAAUCCUACAUUAUAUAUUUUAUGUUAAUUUACUUAAAUUACGUUAAUUUUGUUAUUUGCUAUAGAAAUGUGAUAAUUUUAUACUAUAAGAUAUAAGGCGCAAUGCAAUUGUACAAAAGGAAUGUUUAUGUUUAAACAAAAUUAUGUGAUUCUUUGACAACUAUUAAUUAUAAAUAGAAGUGUUGACAAAACACGUAUCAAUUUAAUACUUUAAUAUUAUAGUAGAAUUAAUAUUUUUAUUUUAAAAUCAUGUAUGCUGAACUUAAAAUGCAUAAAAAAGAAAUUAACUUCUAAUUGUUUAAAAUAAAUAAAUAAUUGUUCUUCAGAUUAAGACUUAUAUUUAAGAUAAAUUGUGACUGGUCCAUACAAAGUCUAAUUUUUUUUGUAUUUCUGUUUUUAAAAACAUUUUAGAUUGACUUGUCUGUGUUGGGAAAUGUUGAGCUUAUGUUUUGUUUUGCUUUAUUGUCCAUUGUGGACCAGACAUUAAAGUACAAAAAUAUGUUUUUGGACAAAUUUCGUGUCGCUUCAUUUCACUAUAAAAAUAAACACAAACACAGGACAAAUUACUGUUAAUACAAUAAUUACUAUUGCCAAACAUCAAAAUACUUAACGUAUGAAUAUUUUUUGCCAAGGUCGUGGAUAUACAUGUGUUAAUAAUUCAUGUUCAGAAAAUUAUAAAUUCUCCCAAAUUGGGAAAAUAAUGUUAAUAUAAUUUGUUAUUGUUAAUUAAAUAUAAUCAUAUUGAAAUUUGUAACUAAAAUUCAAUAAAAUACAACCCAUCUAAAUUAGAUUAAAUUAAAAUAUAUACAUAUU